AUGGUCCGUCAUGGUCAGCUUGGGGAGGUUGACACGCUCACCGCUCACCCGGCGAAAGCUACCAUCCGCACGAAGGAGGGGCAGGCGCCUAUAGCAGAACCGAUGAGGAGCGCUUCACCGGCAAAGAAGGAGGUGAUCGACAAGCAAAUAGACGUGUGGUUUGAACAGGGCGUUAUUGAGCCCUCGAUUAGCCCGUGGAGCGCCCCAGUGGUGAUUGCCUAUCGCAAUGGGAAGGCCAGAUUU